GACAAUGGGAUUUCAUUCACGAUGGGGUCAUUCGGCUCCUACCUUCCCUACCCGACAAUCCUCCUGGGGUUCAGAUUGAUGGAGCCACCCGUCGACUUUGAUAGAAUGCCCGCGACAUCGGCGGGAAAUGAGACAUCUGCAACCUACCAUUUUGCAGUUGUGGACAUUGUGAUGCUACGCCAUCGGCGAAGCGAUCUGGUGUCAGCCAACUGGCCACGAAUCCUCGAUGCCAUGGCAAAGGAUCUUGUUGAUCAAGACUUGGACCAAUGGUUCGGACCCAUCCCGGAGCCGGCUAUUCUCCUGAAAAGGAGAUGUGUCUUGCACGAUUUGAUUUUCGAGGACGAGGAUUUCUUCGUGACACGUCCGGUGCCGGCCGUGGCUACUCCUGCACCAGUUAUUGCUGGAGCAGUACCGUUGCUGCAUUCAUUUCGCGGUUUUCCUGCUUUGGCUCCAAUAGAACACGGCAUGCCUGGCUACAAGGUUAAGCCUCGGGUUUUUCAUUGA